GAUUUUAAUUCCGAAUCGAAGCUAAACCUAGCUCCUCAAGCGUUCCCCAGCUCACCAUCGCCAACACCGGCGCCGGCGACUACUGCAACGGCACCGGGAAAAUUAGGCUAAAGCAUCGACGCCUUGGAGAGAUAAAUGUCUACAUUUGAUAAUGUUGUUGGCGGGAAGCUAAAGCUGAAAGGGAAGGCUUUGAACGUCAAGGCUGGUGGACUAAAGAAGAAAAAGAAAAACAAGCAUCGCCAUCAUGAUGAUAGAUCUGAAAUCGAAAGAAAUGAGCUUCAAGAGGGGGGGAGCUCUGAACUACAAAGUGAUCCAAGCAAAGACAUCAUAGAAGCUGACAACGACAAAGAAGAGGGAGAUGAAGAAGGACAAACGCCAGCAUAUCAUGAACAUCUAACGCCAGCUGAGAGGCGCUAUAUUGAACAGAGGGAGAGGAUAGACUCGAAAAGGCUGGCGAAGACAGCUAAUAAAUCUCACCGUGAUCGGAUUCAGGACUUUAAUCAGUACUUGGCGAAUAUGAGCGAGCACUAUGACAUCCCCAAAGUUGGCCCUGGUUAAUCUUAAACAAAUUUGGUUUGCCUGCCACAAAAAAUGGUGCGUUAAGUCUGUUUUCAUGAAGAAACAAAGUGGCAUGCUGUGACUCUGGGAAGUUCAGCUUAAUCGAUGGGUAAACUGUGUGGAAAUUUUAGCUAAAGCUUGUUGCUCGUUCUGCUGUCUGGUGCUAAUUGUGCUAUAUUCUAUGUUUAUACUUGUAUUUGAUGACUCAGUUCAGUUUCAUGUAAACUUUAUGCCCUGUUUUCUGCUCCCUCGUUUUAAUCGUGCUAUAUAUUUCUACUUUUUCAGUAACUAAA